CGUCACUCGGCAACGGCGGCGGCGGCGGGACCUGAGGAGAGGCCGGGCUGGCCAUGGCUGAGGGGAGCCCCAGCCCCGGCUCAGAGGACAUGGCUGAGGGGAGCCCCUGCCCCGGCUCGGACGACAUGGCUGAGGGGAGCCCCAGCCCCGGCUCAGAGGACAUGGCUGAAGGGAGCCCCAGCCCCGGCUCAGAGAACAUGGCUGAGGGGAGCCUCUGCCCCGGCUCACAGGAUUCCAGCGCCGAGCUGGCCAUGGCUGAGGGGAGCCCCAGCCCCAGCUCGCAGGAUUCCAGUGCUGGGUUGGCCAUGGCUAUGGGGAGCCCCGAGCCCAGCUCGCAGGACAUCUCCCAUGUGCUGGCUAGAGCCUUUGGGGACCUGUACACCAGAGAUGUUUGUGGGGUGGACAUCGAGUCAGAAGAAGGAGACAGUGUUGAUCAUGAGGGUUUCACAGAUGAGCUGGAGCAGCUCCUUGCCGAGUAUAAGAGCCGACUGACAGAAGCUGACAAAGCAGAAAGGAAGAUCGUUCAGGCCCAGAUCCAAGCAAAAGCUGAAGAUGAAAGAAUCCUAAACCAGAUGAAGGCAGAGGCAGGGGAAGAUUUCCACGAAAUGGGACUCCCACCAGUGGCAUCCUCUUUUAGGCAGAUUUUGGAUAAUGAACUUCUCAGAAAAAAUAAUUUAAUCUGCCCUGAUGAUUACAUCACUGAGAAAUUACCUCUUACUAAAGCACCAAAAGGAAAAUCAGAACCUGGAUACUUGAAAGAGACAUUUAUUUGUAAGCAGCGUGUCCCUUUUCCACUGGAUCACGUUGUGUACUUAUCUCCUAGUGUGACAAGUAUGUCUUCAACUCUGCCCUCAACUCCAGACUCCACCCACUAUGCUAAAAAAAUAAGUAAGAAAACUAAAACCUCACGGAAACCAGCCUGGAGAGAGAGUAAGUUCCAAGCAGAGGGAGUAAGUGAGGACCUGACCAGACUUGAGAAAACGCAGAAUUACUUGAAGAACCCACGCUUUUUCCCACUAAAUACUCUUCAUGGAGGCAAAUCUCUGGUCAUUUCUCAAGAAAAAGUGGACCAAAUCAUAGCCACAAGAAAAGCAGAAGAUGCCAAAGGUGAUACGUCAUUUGUUCCCGUGUUUCUUGCCAAUCCACCUACUGUUCUGUUUUCCUAUGAUGAAGUUGGGCUGGUCUAUGAGGUGACCAUAGAGCUACAGAAUAUCACUUCAACAAGUCAGUAUAUGAGACUUAUCCCCCCCUCUACUUCAGCAUUUUUCAUUUUGCCAGGAAAAUUCCCAGGAAAGGGAGGAAUGAUUGCUCCUGGGAUGUCAUGCCAGUAUACAGUCCAAUUUAUUCCUGAAUAUCUGGGAGAUUAUGAAGAUCAUAUAUUAGUGGAAACUCAAUCAUCGGAACCUCUUGUGAUCCCAAUCCAAGCUAAAGUAUCACUUCCAGUAUUAACAUUGCCUCACAUUAUAGACUGUGGUCCCUGCCUUGUUGGAGGAAUAAAAGUAACAUCAAUUCUGUGCAGAAAUGAGGGCGUUAGGACUGGGAAGUUCUCUCUAAUGCCAAAGAAAGCCUGGCCACCUCCUAAUCCUGGGGCUAUUGCCACUGUUGAUUUUGUGACAGAAGAUCCUUUUGGGAUCCAGCCUGCUGUUUUUGAGCUGAUUCCAGGGCAGAGUGAAACAGUAGAGGUCCUCUUUUUCCCUUCUUUGCCAGAGGCCUCCCAGCAAACAUACACCCUUUUGUGUGACAAUUGUCCAGUCAAUGAUGUGACAGUUACAGGGGUUGGAGAGCUGAUUGCUCUGGACCUUUUGUUCGUCACGGGUGGAGAAAGCAAACCUGAGCUGGGUGAAGUUACUGAUGUGACAGCACAGCAUCUCAUACGGUUCAACCGACCAAACCCACACACCAGCGAGGAGAAGAGCUUGGUUAUAAGGAAUUCCACCCCUGUAGAACUUCCCUUCUUCUGGCAGAUAAGAAAGCCUAAUCUGAAACCAUUAAUACCAGAAGGAACUGCAGACUUUAUGAAGGUUGAAGACAAUCAAGACACAGAGUCAGCCUUCUCCCUAAAUCCUGAACAGGGAGUUUUGUUUCCCUGUGCAGAUCAUGAGUUUAUCCUCACUUACACUCCACAGGAGCUGAAGAGUUACCACAGUGUGAUUCAGAUGGUACUGAGGGACAUCCCAGAAUCACCUCGUUUAGAAAAAGAGGAGAUGCUUCAAAACAUCCCAGAAUGCAAAGCAGAGGAUGUAAUAGCACUGGAAAUAGAAGUUAAAGGAUCGACAGAACCAUUUCAUUUUCUUCUGGAACCAUAUGCCAUUAUUAUCCCUGGAGAAAACUUCAUUGGUGUAAAUUUCAGAAAAACAUUUAAGCUGUGGAACAACAGCAAAUCACUGAUCAAGUACACGUGGGACAAAAUCACAACCUCCGAGAUCAUGGAAGUUUUUCCUCCUACUGGUGUCAUAGACAUAAAUAGUUGCUGUGAAUUUGAACUGGCAAUUACUGGAAGCAGACCUGGUGUCAUCAGCCAUAACCUGCAGUGUAACAUUGAGCCAUGCCCAGAGCCAGUUGUGCUGCAUGUUGAGGCUGCUUUUAAGGGUCCACUUCUUUGUAUUGAUGUUCCAUCACUCCGGUUUGGUUUGACUAAGCAGGGUAAGAGUGUGUUAAGAACCUUCAAGAUUAAAAAUAUGUGUCAAGUGCCAGCACAGUGGAGGAUGCAAGAAAGCCAGGUUUGUCUGGCAGAAAGGAAUGAAGAGAUAUCUUCCUUUACCAUCCAACCAUCAGCUGGAGAAAUACCUCCUUUGGGUGUAUGCAGAGUGUCAGUUCAGUUCACAUCACGGCGGUGCCAGCGUCUCCAGACAGUAUUGGAACUAGAGGUAGAAAAUGGAAAAGGAAGUUAUCUUCCUGUUUUUGUUGAAGUUCAGACCCCCAAAGCGUGCCUGAUAUCUAGUCAUCUAGUAUUCCCUGAAAUUUAUACUGGAGUUCCUGCCAAAGCAACCAGUAAACUUUUUAACCAGACACUGCUGCCAGCAAAAUACUUAUGGGGAAAGCUCAUUGGAAGCCAGGCAGUUUCCUGCUCCAUCACUGUCUCCCCAGCCAGUGGCACCUUGGGCCCAAAUGAGGAAAAAGAAUUCUGCAUAGAGCUGUCAGCCAGCAUCGUGGGUGAGCUGAAAGACCUCGCCCUUUCCUGUAGCAUAGAAGACAUGGUUGAACCCCUUUUUCUGAGCAUUUCUGGAGAAGUGAAGGGAUUACAGGUCAUCUACUCAGUACCUUGUGACAGUGGAGUUGCCAGUGAUGAAAGACAAAUGUCACAAAGCCCGUGUGACCUUCUUUUGGACUUUGGGUCUGAAGUUGCAUCCAGAGAUGUAGUAAAGCGUCAGCUGAUUCUUACCAAUCCCACUGGAAUCAGUGCUCCAUUCACACUGGAAGUUGAGUAUUUUACUGCCUCUUUACCAACUCCUGAACAAGGAACCUGCCUCUCCUCAAGCUACCUGGUGAAAAGAAGAGGGCCUGUCACAAAACAUGCAGCCAGAAAAGCACAGUCAGAGUUUGAAGCAGCAGUGCUGUCUCAGGGGAGGGGAGUAGCUUUCCAUAUACAACCUUCCAUGGGAACUCUGAGACCCUUCCAGCAGCUCAGCAUAGAAAUAGCAGCUUACAACAACAUGUGGGGAGAGUACCAGGACAAUCUUGUCUGUAAGGUGGGAGACUUACCACCUAAAUUAAUUCCUAUGCAAAUGACUGUGAAAGACUGUCCAAUCUUCCUGCAGAUGACAGGACCGCAAACAGAGUCACCCAUUAUCAGGUUUGGCACUCAUGUCUCGGGAGGGUCUCCUGUCUUUCGGAGGGUCCGGCUCAACAACCCCACUCCCUUCGACAUCCGCCUGGACUUGGAAGUUUACAACCAAGAGGAAGAUGAUGAAAAGCUGGUGGACCUGUUGAUGCUCUUUGAAGACCCUUUUCCUCCUCAGGACGUGGAUGGAAAUGAGGCUGCAUCAAGUGGUAGCACCUCGGAGUCAGAGAUCGUGCUAAAGUUGGAUCAAACUGCCAUUCCCUGUGGAAGCAUUUAUCCAGCUUCCCAAACCACGGAUGAGCCUCCAGGCUCUGAUAGCAGAGAGAAGGAAAUCAGCAGUCAGGAGCCUACAACAGAGAAAAUUGUCUCUGUACUUCUGCGACCUCACCAAGGGGUUCCUGCAGACAGCCCCUACUCCAUUACUCCAAGACAGAUAGUGGUUCCAGGAGGUGGCAGCAGCGACGUUCACAUCUCCUUCACCCCGCUCGUCCUCCCAGAGACCGCGGCUGAGGUGCGGUGUGAGGGGCUGCUGCUGGGCUUCAUGAGCCUGGACGACAAGCUUGCAAGGAAGGUGCCUAACAAGGUGCAUCGCGGGCAGGGCUAUGAAGCUCCAACGUUACGAGUGGACUUGGAAGGUUUCCUGAGGCACCCUCUGUUAAAAGUAGAGAUGGGUCACGACAGAGGAAUGGUGUUUUAUUCAGUGGCAAGUGAUCUCCUUCCCGCUAAGCCUCUGUUAGGAGUUUUGACAGAUUCGGUGAUGACUCAGAGUUUGAAACUCAUCAAUUGCACCAAGGUUCCUCUGUACUUCAGGCUCCUUCUGUCUACGCCCUUCAGCGUGUCCAGCACAGAUCCCAGAAAGGGCACCAAAACAUCCCAAAGCAAGAAGGAGGAAGAAGAACACCAACUGCAACAUAUGCUUUAUCCACAGCAAAACAUGCUGGUGAAAGUGUCAUUCCACAUAACUCUGGAGUUACUUAGGUAUCAACACUUGCCAGAUACCCAGCUGCUUCCUGGAUCCGAAGUGCUCCAGCUGGAGAAUGGAGAGAGAAAGCUGAAGUUUAGUCAAAAUCUGGUCAUUGAGCACAGUAACCACACUGCCCAGCUGGUCCCAGUGACUGCUUAUCUCAGUGUUCCGGUCCUGGAGCUCUCUUGCAACAUACUUGAUUUCCAGACCUGCUUUGUUGCACAGACCAAGACAGAACAUGUCUUCUUGUACAACAGGAGCGGCUGUAGAAGCUACUGGACUGCCUUGCUGGAAGAACAGGAAAGACCCAACACCCUGGAAGUAUUUUCAGUCUUCCCGACUAAUGGCAUUUUGGAGGCACGUGAAGGGGAUGCACCUACCAGAGAGAUCUUGCAGAUCAGCUUUACUGCAAGGAGCAACAUUGACUAUGAAGCUCUCGUGACCAUUGCUGGAGUGCUGGGAGAGAAGCCUUGCAAGCUCCACAUCAGAGGACGAGGAAUGCACAAGGGGAAUGAUGACGACCUUUAAUUUAAACAACACAGUGUGGAACAAAUGUCAAGGUAACAGGCUGAAUGCAGCUGAGCCUGUAUUUUCAUCUACUUUUGUUCUUUUAAUAGGGACUGGAAUUUUAGCAGAAUGAAAAUUUAAGUUAGGAAAAAAAAAAUUCUCAUGGUACCUUAACCAGUCAUAAAUUCAUCCUGUGCUGUUACUUUUAUUGCUGUGAUAAGCUUAGCAUUAGCCACAGAACAAGGUUUUGCGUUGCAAAGCAGCUGUGUAAGUCAGGUCAAAGCCCUUUGCGUGGCCCAGCACACCUCAAAUUACAGCUAAAGACUGUUCCUACCUUAAAGUAGCUUUUGCUUUGCCUCGUUUAUUUAUUUGACAUUAAAAUGGACAUCGACACAUAAUAAAAGCAAGAAUUGGUGAAUAGG